UCAUACCAUCGUAGUACAACACCAUGUCUCCAAUGCUGAUAUUGAUCUUUCUCCUCUUGCCACAUGCUAAUGCCAAGGUGGAUGUGCCUACUGAGGCUGCGCUGUACUGGGAGAAAAAUCUCCCAAAUACCAAGAUGCCAGAAGCGAUUCUUCCAAAUGCCAGAUGCCUACUGAGGGUUAACGAAGGGACUGGGCCACGCGCCCUCCAUAAAUCACAACCCUCCGUCAACUGCCUAUUCUUUUAUCGAUCAAACUGCAAAAGUUCACCGCCAAGCGCGCCAGCUGCUGUGGCCGGUGUUUUCUUCCACGAAGCAGACAUAACCGUCGGCAAAGUGAUGACUGUUGCAAUGCCGUCCUCACUGCCGGCACCAUUCCUUCCUUCAAGUGUUGAAGAGAAAAUAUCUUUUCAAGAUCUCAACAGCAUGCUAGAUAAAUUUAACAUCUCAAAGACCUCCCAUGAGGCUGCCGAGAUGAAGAACACAAUUCUGAAUUGUGCAGACCCGCCAAUUCAGGGUGAGAACAAACAUUGCGCAGCUUCCCUAGAAGCUGUUGUAGAGACCGCUAUGAAGAUGCUGCAAACUCGGCACGUAUCGGUGGUGGCUUCGGCCCUCCCAAGUGUCGGGCUUUUGCAUCAGGAUUACAUGGUCCGCGCCAGGCAUCAACUCGGUAGUUCCCGCUUUGUGGCUUGCCACAUAAAACCAUUCCCGUUCGCACUGUACUUGUGUCAUAGCACAAGUCACUCACAGGCAUACGUGGUCCAGCUCCAGGGUAGCUCCCGUGACGACACCAAAAUUGACAUGGUGGCCAUGUGCCACCGUGAUACUAGGAACUGGAGCCCGUCACACCCAGCGUUCAAGGCUCUCGGUGAACACCCGGGAGGGUCGGCAAUUUGUCAUUUUCAGCCGUAUGCUGAUCUGCUGCUCAUCGAGAAGAUGAUGGGCUAAGAAGAGCCGUAUACGUAUAUGGCUAUAUAUACAUAAAUAAGAAAAUCUGCAAUCGCGAGGACAAGAUCGAUCACGGCCACAUCUACAUUUCUCAGUACCAUGAGAACAAGAUAGAUCUUUCCCUGCAAGCUACAACAUGAGUUCGCCGUGCCACAUCCUAUCUUGGGUGAUUCGAAUCAGUUAGUUGUAUGUAUUUAUGUUUCCAUGCUGGGCUUGUAUUUAAUCCAGACAAUUGGCCCUUUCCGGAUAGGAAUUUCCGUGUAAUCGCCUAUGAUGGGCCUGUACUUGAUCCAGACUAGUGGUGUAUGCUGGAUCGAAAGCUAUAUUUAAUUUCCUAUGUUGGGUUUGUACUUAAUCCAUACUAGUGGUCGUUGCUGGAUCGGCAAAUAUGAAAGUGUUAAAUGAAGUGUCAUGAUUUAUGGUAAAUCCUA